AUGUUUCCGGCGGAGAACUUCGUGUUCCGCGACGACGACGACGUGAAGCGAUGCGCGGCGUGCGGUCGCGAGGCCGCGCGGCUCGUCUGCACGCGCUGCCGCGCGGUUCGCUACUGCGACGGGGACUGCCAACGGCGGGCGUGGAAGGCGCACAAGGCGAGUUGCCCGACGCGCGACCAGCGGGUCGAGUCGAUCCUGGACUCGGGCUCGCUCGCCGUCGAUCGGUCCGUCGUCGAGCUGGCGCUCGACCUCUGCGGCGAGCGGCCGCACUGCGCUCGGUUCCUCGCCGCCGUCCUCAGCAAGCCGGACUUCCUCACGACCUACGACGACGAGGAGUUAUGCGCGGCGCUCCGCCUGCUCUGGGGCGCGAAGCUGUCGCCGGCGGACUUCCGGCGGCUGUGCGCGGUCGACCCCGCCGUCGCCAAGCGGCUCAACGCGAUGCGGGCCCAGGACGACGCGGACGACGCGGCGCUGCUGCGGCGCAUAGCGCCCGUCCAGGCGUCCUGCAAGCGCAUCUACGAGCUCUUGACCGUGCGCAAGCGAGGCGACCCGGAGCCGAUGGGCUGCGUCCAGGUGCUCAAGCACACCGCGCCGGAUCGAGUCCACAAGACGAACCGGGAGCUGCUCGACUUCGUCUACCUGCGGACCGCGCCCGAGCCCGUCGCGGGCGGACCGGCCUUCGUGUUCAAGUCGCUCAGCGCCGAGCCGGUGCGCCUGUGGAAGGCGGAGCGCGACGCGCUCCUCUACGACAAGUUCAAGUCCACGCGGCGAAAGCACGCGCCGCACCACAACAUCGCCGACUUCCUCGCGCUCGUCGAGGAGCUCUGCACGCCCCCCUAUGCGCCCAACAUGGGCGUGCCCAAGCCCAAGCACGCGGCCGCCAACCGGGCCCUCCUCGAGGACCGGCUCCCCUUGCUCGUCAAAUCCACGUUCAUCGACCUCGCGCGCGCCAUGGGCAACGAGGACUUUUACGGCAUCCCCGACGCCGUCCUCCGCGACGAUCCGGACGCGGCGAUCAAGGCCAUCAAGUGUCGCAACAGCAUCGCGAAGGGAUUCCCCCAUCAGAGCGAGUUCGACGCCUGGAUCGCGAAGCCGGGCGCCUGGUUGCCCAAGGACAUGUGCCUGGAUAGAACCGUCCGGUAA